CCUCCCUCCUCUCUGCCUUUCUGCCUGGCUUUCCUUGCAGCAGUUCCAGGCUAGAGGUCUCCACCGAGCGGCGCGGCUGGGAGCGCGCUCUUCUUCUCUUUUGUGCAUCGCCCAGCCAAGUGGGAGCCCUGGCUGGCCCCCGCUUUUUGGCUCAUCMCAAAGACAGCUCCCCCUUUUUCAUUAUUCCCUUUCCUCCCAGGAAAGCAAGGCUGAGGAUUCUAAGGGGGGGGGGGGAACCCGGCGGGAUYGUUCGGGCCACGUUUCUGGCCUCCUCUUUUUUUCCUCUUGCAAGAGGAAGCAGGGAGGGGAUGCCAAAGAAGGAGGAGGAGGAGGAGAGAGCCGGGUGCCACCGCAACAGCAGCAGCCCUGAUCAUCAUCAUCAUCCCAAGGAGACAUCUGCAAAGCCUUUGUGCCAGCCUCCGCUCUGCCCAGGCUUAAAGACGGCCUCCUAGGUUACUACUGCCUUGCACCAGGUCUGGGAAGGCAUCACCCUGCCUUUCUCUCUCGAUUCUCUUUCUCUCCCUUCUGCAGUCUGUCUCUUGGAGAGAGAGAGAGAGAGAACUCAGCCUCUCUUGGGUCUUUGCUGCUUUGUGGCUUGGAUGCAGGAGGAGCAGAACUGAUGCUGAACGCAGACAGGAUGGAAGAGUUUCAAAGCGAGGAAGAGGAGCCUUGGUACGACCAGCAGGACCUGGAGCAAGACUUGCACUUAGCAGCUGAACUGGGGAAGACGUUGCUAGAACGCAACAAAGAACUGGAGGAUUCCCUACAGCAAAUGUAUGCAACCAAUGAGGAGCAAGUGCAAGAGAUCGAGUAUUUGACAAAACAGUUGGAAAUGUUACGGCAUAUGAAUGAACAGCAUGCUAAAGUCUAUGAGCAGUUGGAUAUGACAGCACGGGACCUUGAACUGGCCAACCAGAAGCUGGUGCUAGACAGUAAAGCAUCUCAUCAGAAGAUACAAUGUCUGACAGAAACCAUAGAAGGACUGCAGAACCAAGUAGAUGAACUGCAGAAGCAAGUAGAAGAGUUGCAAAGCUUAGAUCAGCUGCGUAUCCGCCGAGAGAAGCGAGAGAGACGCCGAACCAUCCAUACUUUUCCUUGUCUCAAGGAACUGUGCUCAAGUCCCAGAUACGAAGAUGCCUUCCAGAUUCACAGCUCCUCAAUGGAGUUCAGUCAGAUGCCCUUGGAGCGUGAGAAUGAGCGAUUACAAGCAAUGGUGACUUCCCUCAGGUCCCAGGUCAACCAGGAGAAACAGAGAAAGGAGCGGGUGGAGAAAGAGUACACAUCCGUCAUCCAGGAGUACUCAGACCUUGAGCAGCGAGUAUGUGAGAUGGAGAGCUGCAAGCUGCGCAUCAAAGAGCUGGAAACUGAGUUGUUGGAACUUCAGCAGAUGAAACAAGUCAAGAAGUAUCUCCUCAGCAGAGAGGACAACCUGUCAGAAGCACUUCUUGAACCAUUAAACAAUGCCCCAGAAGCAGACUACAUUGAUCUGUCUGAGGAAGAAGGAGGUAAAAUCCACAACUCGUCCAUGACAGCCUCCCCAAACCAUCCUGUACGGAAAAGCUGUAGUGACACAGCGUUAAAUGCCAUUGUGACCAAGGAUGCUGUGAGCAGACAUGAAGGCAACUACACACUCCAUGCUAAUAAUGUGCGCAAGAGGGGGAUGUCAAUCCUUAGGGAAGUGGAUGAACAGUAUCAUGCCCUGCUGGAGAAGUAUGAGGAGCUCCUCAGCAAGUGCCGACAGCACAAGGACAGCGUGCGCCAUGCUGGUGUCCAGACCUCCCGCCCCAUCUCUCGGGACAGCUCCUUUAGAGACUUCAGGGGAGACGGCUUUGAGCUAGAUGAGCUCAAGACAAUGGAGAAGAGCCUUAGCAAACACGUGGAGGCUGUGGACAAGAGAUUAGAGCAGAGUCAACCAGAAUACAAGGCCCUCUUUAAAGAGAUCUUCUCCCGAAUCCAAAAGACAAAAGCAGACAUCAAUGCCACCAAGGUGAAAAAGAAGACCAGCAAGUGAAUCCUACCCAUGCAGCAUCAAGCUCUUCUCUUAUAUACCCCAGAACACAUUGCAUGGCCUUCCUCCAAGAUCCGGGAAGCUUCUUGUGUUGAUGUAUUGCACAAAAAAUAAGCCUUUUGCAAUGUAACAGCAGAGAAAAGAGCCCAGGUCACAAGUAAAAAAAAAACAAAAAACAAGGAGUCUUGGAGCGCCUUAAGGAACAGCACAUUUUAAUAGUGCAUGCUCUUCUGUGGACUACAAGCCACUUAUUCUACAAAAACCUGUGCAAUAAUAAAAUGUGUGCUUCUUUGAGGUGCCACAAAACUCUUUGUGUUUUUGCUGCAACAGAUAAACACAGCCAUCCUAGAGCACUCCAAGCUGCCUAAGCCGCUGAAUGUGCUGCAAAAGCAAGAUGUUGUUGUAGUUGGUAUCCAAGAUUUUACAAGGAAUCCUUCCCUUUCACUACAGCUGCCACAAGUUAUAAAUAGGAGUACUUAGACCAAUAACCCACACCUUCAUUCUCUUCUACAGCCAAUGUUUGCUAUUCUGCAGGCAACACAGAAUCAAACAUACUAGGCCCUGGAAUGUCCUGGACAUAAGAAAAAGAAAAAAAUCACUUUCCAGAGGCAACUUUUGUUUAUGCUGUUUUUCUAUUUUCUUUCUGUAUUUUUUUCUUCCUAUGAAGAACCCAUGUGGUACAUCAGCAAGACUUCUAAAUGAACUGCUCUCGUUCAUGAAAGAGAGUAUGUUUUUCCUGUUGAAGCCAUUCUCCUAUUGGUCAGGUUUUUUCAAUAUUUACAAUGCAAGUUUAUUGCAACUGGAAAAAACUUGAAGAGAAAUGUCAAACUGAUUUGUUCUGCUUGUGGAACACGGGGAGCAUAGCAUUUACAUUUCCUUCAGUAUUUUAGUUCUGUGAGCAAUUUUUCAUCACUUUACUCAUAUAACCCUAACUUGCAUAAAAGCCAAACAAGAAGUGCUAUUACUGGCUUGGAAAGACACCCCCAUCUUCAUUUGGGUGUUGGUUUUCCAUGCCUUGCAGUUCACAUGAUUAUUUCUUAAUUAUCUUUUUGUGUCUGGUUCUGAUUUGCAUGGACUUACAAAAACUAAUAGUGAUAACUCAUGCAAGUAGGAGCAAAACAGCAAAUCCGGUUGUUACCACUGAUCCUGUUGUUUAUCAUACUGUUCCACAUACUCACUUGUUAGUUAAUCAGUCCUCCUCCCCUCAUUAUCAAACUGCCUUUUCUAAAGGCUCUCUGUGCAACACAUAUAUACAGCUUGCAUACAUGUAGCACAUACCUAUACACAAAAAGCCUCUCUCCAGUCUCAGGAAUCAUCAGUAGCCAUUUCACAAAACUACAAAAUGGGGCUCCUUGCAACAGAUAUUAUUACAUGGAAUUUAGUUAAGGUCACUUCCAGAUACAGAGAUAAAGCAGUAUUAUAUUUCACUAGGAUUAGGGUACAUAUAUCAGAAUUCCCACUUGUGUGGGAACAAUAGUAGCAAUGAUUAUUUACUUACCAAGCAGUAUUAUACUUGAAGAAAUUUUGAACUUGUUUCUUGUUUUAGUUGUACCUGAAUAAAACCCAAAUUGUCUGUGUGUGUGUGGGGAGGGGAUGCUUUGGAAUUAUGCUAGUGUAAAUGAGACUUCAGUCUGCCAUGUAUUCUUUUCAGUACAUGACCUUCAUGUUCUCUCAUUUCAGACAGGGUUCAGUCUGAGUGUGGUCUUCAAACUCCAUUCUUUGGAAUAGUCAGUAGUAACAUCAAGCUAUUCUUGCUUGAGGAUAACUCUCACCACAGCAGCUAUUACCAUUUAUGGCUCUUGGUUGUGUUUUUACAUGUCAUUAUUCUAAAUGUGGUUUUGACAUACAGGGUAAGAAGGCAAUCAUGUGGGAAAUCACUAUACUAUUUAGUACAAACCGAAUGAGCAUUUCCACUCCUCCACCACCAAAGUGUCAUCUCAUUGUGUGCUUGCUAUGUUCUUGCCAUGGGAAUUUUUGGGGGUCCUUGUGUUCAGCCAGUUGAAGUUGUUUUUGUAAUAAUGUGAAAGUACUUUUGAGUUAACUUGCCCUGGGGACUCCUGUCUUGAAUAGAUUCUUGUUCUACUACUUAAUGCCAAAACUUCUUUUGUACCCUUGGCCCCACUUUGAAGUAUUGGGAGCCAUACACAUAAUUGUGGCUACCAUUUUGGUAACCAUACAACAGACCUUCAUGCCUUACAGUGAAAUCAAUAUUCUGUAAAAUAAUAAUAAUAAUAAUAACAACAAAGGAAGUUGGUUUUCUCAGAGCAUUGAACUUGCUCUGUGUUGCUGUUGUUAUAGCUGCUGGUGUAUUCAUUAAUUUUCUUUUACUACCUUUUUAACUAAGGGACUUCGGAACCAGUGUUUGCUCUAGAGCCAUCUGUUUAUUGCAUCAGUAUUUGGGGUUGGGUGCGGGCCAUUGCUUUCAUCCUUGGUUUUAAGCAGUGUUCAGGUGCAAACCAGCAUCCCAGUUUAAGUGUAGGAUACUUAAAAAUAAUAUAUUUAAAAUGCUUUAUUCUCUUCUUAAAUAAAAAAAGAAACACCAGUAUUCUGAACACUGAAA